AUGGCUUCAUACCUGCGCCGCUCUGCCUUGUGGCUGCUUCACUCUCCUCCGUUGGGAGACGGUGAUCUCACACUGGACCUAAACACAGUAAACAGACGCCUCUCUCUGUCUGAGGAGAACAGAAAGGUGACAUGUAGGACAGAGGAGCAGCCGUAUCCUGAUCACCCAGAGAGAUUUGAGGACUGUAGACAGGUGCUGUGUAGAGAGGGUCUGACUGGGCGCUGUUACUGGGAGGUAGAGUGGAGUGGGAGAGAGGCUGGUAUAGGAGUGACAUAUAAAGGAAUCAGCAGGAGAGGAGGGGUUAAGGACUGUUAUCUUGGAUGGAAUGACAAGUCCUGGUGUCUGUUCUGCUCUGACAACAGAUACUCUACCAGGCAUAAUAAUAAUCUCACUACCAUAGACGUCCCCUCCUCCAGCUCCCACAGAGUAGGAGUUUAUCUGGACUGGCCAGCCGGCACUCUGUCCUUCUAUAGAGCCUCCUCUGACACACUGACCCACCUGAUCACAUUCAACUCCACAUUCACUGAGCCCCUCUAUCCAGGAUUUAUGGUUGAUGUUGACUUCUUUGGGAUUUGGGACUCCUCAGUGUCCCUGUGUCAGUGAUACACACAUGCUCACUGGACACACACACUCAACACACACAGACAGAGACACACACACACACACACACACACACACACACACACACACACACACACA